GCGAAGUGCGGUUAGCCGCAGAGCAGCCAUCGACCUUAGCGAAUGUCUGUGUUCGCGUACUUCCACGAGGAAAGCCAGCAGUAGCACAGCACGCCCCUUCGAAGACGGGUAAACUACAAGACGUGCGUCCACAUCGGAUAGUGGCCGCUGAGAUGGCGGUCGUCGUGAAGGCCUUACUGGCCUUGCUGUUGCUGGACGCCGCGCUGGCCUCCUCGUUCCUGGACAUGGACUCCAUCAUCCCAGCGGUGGACCCGCAGUGGAUCGUGGACCUGGCCGGGGCGCCUCUCACUGGCCUCUUAGCAGCGGUGUCCAGAGACUUCGACCCCCUGCUGGACCUGGAUCCGGUAGAGCUCUCGCGGUACUGGGGCUACGACGCGGAGCUGCAUCACGUGACCACGGACGACGGCUACAUCCUGGGCAUCCACCGCGUCAGGAACGUCACGGUCGCGAGCGCGGCCCCGGGUGCGAAGCAGCCCGUCGUCGUCAUGGGGCACCCUCUGCUGUCCAGCUCAGCCGAGUAUCUCGUCCUCGGCCCCGGCAAGGCGCUAGCGUACCUGCUGGCCGAUGAGGGCUUCGACGUGUGGUUGCUGAACGUGCGCGGGAACACCUUCUCGCUGAACCACACGACGCUCAGCACGAAGGAGGCUGCCUUCUGGGACUUUUCGUUCCACGAGCACGGCACGCAGGACCUGCCGGCGCUGAUCCAGUACGCGAUGCAAAAGACGGGCCAGCAGGAGGUGCAGUAUGUGGGCUUCUCCAUGGGCACCACCAUCAUGUUCGUCAUGGGCGCGGAACGCCCCGACGUGGCCAAGCACGUCAAGCUGUACACCGGAUUCGGCCCGGUCGCCGAGGCCAGCCACUCCCGAUCUGUUCCCUUCCGCCUCCUGCUCGAGUCCAUCCCGGUGUUAGAGCUGGCCGGGGCCCCGCUGGGCGUGUACUGGUUCCUGCCGAGCACGCCCGAGCUGCGCGCGACCGGGCAGACCCUCUGCGCCGACAGCGCCCCACUCACCCAGCCCCUGUGCGUGGCCAUCAUCGCCUCCGUGGGCGGCCGCAACGACAAGCAGACCAACACGACGCUGCUGCCGUACAUCCUUUCUCGGUUCCCGGCCGGAACGUCGUUCAAAGUUUUGGACCACGGUAGACAGCUCCUCGUACCCGGCUUCCAUAAGUACGAUUACGGGACAGACCAGAACCUCGCGCGUUACGGUCAGCUGACAGCGCCCAGCUACAACCUGAGCAACAUCUUCGUCCCCACCAGGCUAUACUACGGGCCGAAUGACCUGGUGGCAAGCCCUCAGCUUCAAACUGGUGUUAUUGCUGCAGUGCACGAAUACACACCUGUGCACGCCUGCACGGAGAAAAAUACUUUGGUUGCUGUAACUGAAAUGGUGUUUAACCUCUUCCCUGAGUCAUAA